ACUGCCUGCCCUCCCUGUGUGCCUCGCCGUGGUCCAGCUGCUCAGCCCCUGCUCAGCUGUGUUUGCUGUGGUCGGACCCCCCGAGCCCAUCCUGGCCAUGGUGGGUGAAGACGCAGACCUGCCCUGUCACCUGUCCCCGGAGAUGAACGCUGAGAACAUGGACUUGACGUGGGUGCGACCCAGCCGCAGGCAGGUAGUGCACGUGUACGCACACGGGCAGGAGGAAACGCCGGCAGAGGAGUAUCGAGGGAGAACUUUGAUUUUACGAGAGGACAUCACUGCGGGGAAGGCCGCUCUCCGGAUUCACAACGUCAGCGUCUCUGACAACGGCACCUACCUGUGUUAUUUCCAAGAUGGAGACUUCUUCGAAAAUGCCCAGGUGGAGCUGCAGGUGGCAGCGCUGGGCUCUGAUCCCCACAUGGACAUGAAGGGCUACGAGGCUGGAGGGAUCCGCCUGGAGUGCACGUCUGGCGGCUGGUACCCGCAGCCCCCAGAUCCAGUGGAGAGACACCAGGGGACAGAGCUUGUCCCUCGGAGGCAGCAUCUGCGGCUGCAGACCCCCAGGGCCUUUAUGCAGCCUCAGCCUCUGUGAUCCUGGAAGACGGCUCUGGGGAGGGGGUCUCCUGUGUCAUCAGAAACCCCCUGCUGGGCCAGGAGAGGUCAGCCAGGCUGUCCAUCCCAGGUGCCUUCUUCAGAAACACACUGCCUUGGACAGCGUUCCUCUCCCUGACCCUGCUGACUGUUGCCGGGCUCCAGUUGUGUUUGAUCUGGUUGCUGUGGCGACGGCGGAAGAGGAUCCAGGCCCGGUGCAGGAAGGAGAGAGCUCAAGCUGAGAAAGUAGCAGCCCUGAGAAAUGGCGAUCCUCUGUAAGAUGCGAAUUCAGGAGCGUCUGGAGAAUGUUAGCAAUGAGCUGGUGCGGAAGGUGUCUUAGGUCGUGAGGACGCAGAGCCCCGAACUGGAGUCAGCUCUUUAGGCAACGACUGGGACUUAGCAGCAUCCGGGGUGCUGACCUUCCCCAGGUCCCUUUUUUCAGGCCUUUGUACUCUUCUUUAGACAGUACAGCAUAUGUGGUUUUACAAUUUUCUUUAUAUGUUAAAAUUUCUCUUACAUAGUGUGCUCACAUGUUUGUAGAAACUUUUUCACCCAAUAAAAUUCAUAUUCUAAA